UUGGAGGAAGCGGGGCGCGCAAGAGCAGGAGAGAGAGAGCGGGCAAACGACACCCACACACGCUCUGUCUCUCACACACACACUCGCACCUCCAGCAGCCGCGGAGAAGACCUCACUACCAUCCGUGUUAAUGCAGCUGCAUUUGAAUCGGGGGAUUGAUUUAUUCUGAGUUUGCGUCGCAGCGAUCCGCGCGGACUCCUGUGCGGAACUCACGCGCCUCCACGACCUCGCAGAAUAUGAAUCCCGCAGCCAUGACUGACAGGAGUUUCAUCUGAAAGUGUCCGGAUCCGAGACGACACGACGGGUGGAAAUGAGUCGUUUGCUUCAUAAACACGACAACAGGAACAUGGAUUCAUGCCUGAGGCGACUCAAACAGGAGCUGCUGUCAAUGAAGGAAGUCGGCGAUGGCCUCCACGCUCAGAUGAACUCCAUGAUGGGAGCAUUGCAGGAACUCAAACUCCUUCAGGUUCAGACAGCCAUCGAUAACCUCGACAUCUCAGGCCGUCCCAUCAACCGCAGGCUCCCAAAGCCUUCCUGCACACCAGCCGCUUCGGAGCAGACUUCCUGCUCACGUCCAACCAUGCCAGCAGAGUCCAGGCCGAGCACAAGAGGAUCGUUGGCGACCAGCAGCAACGAUGCAUCACACAGUAGAAGCAGCCUCGGAACCACAUCCUCCUCCGCAUCCAGCCUCAAGGCCGAAGGACUUGAAAGAAGUGCAAGAAGCGAGAGCGACUUGGAGGCCAUUCCAAAGAGAUGGUCGGGAUACCUGGCCCCACAGGUUGACUUCUACGGACCUGUGGUGGGAGUCCCUCCUCCAGAGCCCCACCCUCAGCAGCACACACAGGUAAUGGACCUACCAGGGAUUCUGUACAGCCUUUCUAAAGAGGGCCCAUCAUUAGACAGCGACUACUCCCAGGACAGUGCGGACGAUGGCAGUGACUGGACCUCUUCGCUUAUGAGCCAAAGUCGCAACCGCCAACCCCUAGUUUUAGGGGACAACAUCUUUGCCGACCUUGUGGGCAACUGGCUGGACCUGCCUGAAGUGGAGCGAGAGGAGUUCGAGGAGGAGCGGAUGGAGAGGAAGGACGAGAGGACUAUGACCGAAGGGCGCGACAGUCCCUCUCACCCACUUCGUAUGAGUCGCUCGCAAGAGAUUUGCCGGAAGUUCUCCCUCACGACAAACAUAUUUAAGAAGUUCCUCCGCAGCGUUCGGCCUGACAGGGACAAGUUGCUCAAGGAGCGACCUGGCUGGAUGGCUCCCGAGGAAACGGAGAGUGACCUCUUCAAAAGGCCGAAGAAACUGGCUCAGAAAAGUUCCAAAGGCAGUUUCUAUCUGCCGUUCUGGGCAAACGGACAGCAGAGCAAGGCAAGGCAGUGUCCAAACACGCCUGAGCCCGAGAAGAGCCAGCAGCCAUUCCACCACUAUCACCAGCAGCCAUUCAAAGGCGUUUAUUUGGACAGGAGGCCGCCGGACACCCGUUUGGAAAAAACGCACCCGUUGUUUGACUGUAACACAGCUGUGUGGGUCUGACAGCAAAUCCACCACGGAGGCUGGUGUGGGGACAUUCAACCAAACAUGCCCAUCCCAAAAUGAACUGCAGGACCGAGAGAUUUUCAGGCUGCGUUUCAAUGCCGUAGGCCGUUUGACUUGGAGCCAGAGAUUGUUUGCGUCUGAAUGAGUUUUUUCAUGAGUUUUGUACUGCUUUGUAAAAAGAAAACAGUGAGUGCAUGUAUGACUUGAAUGUCUCCAUAAUGGUACUUUCAUUGUCUGUCAGUCACGUGAAACUCUUCAGAAGGUUCCUCGUUGAAAUGGCAUUGACCUACAAGAAGCUUCCGUCAUGUAAUACUACAGGGAAAUGGCAUACCGUUUGUCAUCACUUGUGAAGGUAUUUCAGAUGCAACACUCUCUCGACAAAAUAAGCCGACAUCUGGUAGCCAAGAACUCACACUCAGUUUUUGCCAAAAAAGAAAUCAUGAGGGUCCGAUUCUGAAGACUCGACCAGUAAAGUUAAGUUUAAAUCUCUCUGGAGUAACUUCAAGUACAAGUCAAGUACUUCAAGAUUUGGCUCAUUUCGAUGUCACUGGAGGAAGAGCUGCUCAGUGAGCGAGGGAAACCAGAAUGACCUGUCCAUGUGCAACUUCAGGGGGUUGCAAAGAACAAUUCAUAUUCUCGAGAGCCUUCUUCCCGUGUCGGCCACCAAAGCAGCAACAUGCAUGAUGAGAUCAUUCUGAGCUCCAGUACGUGGCAAGCUUCAUUUAGACGAGCUGUCCGGACUGAUGAGCAAUUUUGUGCUUGCUGUCACUUUGAAUAUCGUUUUGGACUGUAAACAUGUCACAUGCUGUCAACUGCCAGGCUGUUUUUCCGAGGGAGGAGGGGUUAAAGAUGGCACAGCUUGCUCUGACUGCCAUCUGGUACCAACGUUACGUAAAGAUGGUCCGCUGGAAAGUAAAAAUGUACAGAAUAGUGUACAUACGUCAUCGAACGUCGGUCGUCCUUAGAUCCAGUUGCAUGAUUCUUACUCAGCGAUUACACGACAAGCAGAUCAACAUCAGAGUAUUUGGGUUGCAUGAAAACCGAGUUUACCAAGCGACUUCCCUCAGGAUGAAAGACGACACUGCCCUCUCUGCUCUUAAAGCAGUUAUGCAAGUACAAUCUGACCAGUGAGAAAACUGUCUGAAUACCAGUCAGUGUAGUCAGCAGGGAUUAGGCCUCAGGACUUUUCGCUUGCCAAUCGAUCCAUACGUUUCAGCCUUCAGGUACACACUUAAAAGGGUCCAAAACUCACACCGGCUGUGUCCAUUAGGAGGCGCUGAGUCCCGAUAACUACUUCAGUCAGCUUGUUUGUAAAUGUUACACAUAUUCCUCUUUACAGUUGUGUUUUUAGCACUGGUAUUGCUAAGGGUUCUGUGAACCCUCGGUAGUGAUUCUGUGUCUUUGUGUGUCGCCUUUCUGUAAACGGCAUAUUUAAU